AUGAUGGUCGGCCCGAGCUCGGGAAGGUUGACGCCCAGCAGUGGUAUAUCCCACUCUCGAGCAGGGUCAGCCAGUCGAGUCAUGACUCGCACAACUGACAAUCCUACUUCGGUCAAAGUUGGUAAGCCGUGCAACCCGCGGCCUGUCGUGUAGUGGCUCCCGAGUCGCACGCGCGCACUGACCUCCUGACGACUCCCUUCCGGGGCUCAUCAUCCCGUCAAACGCACGUGCCUUCUAUUCCGGAACUUAACCUGGGGGCGGUUUGUCACUUCUUGCUUUGUUUGCCUAUCACCCUACGUCCUGUCGCCCAACAGUCGUGCGCAUUCGACCCCCGACUACGGAGCACGUCCGCAUUUCAACACGGUUUCAGCGGACCGUCGUCGCUGCCCUCAACGCGACCACCCUGCAGCUGGAGAGCGCCACGUCUGGAGGAUCAGCCUCGAAUGCCUUAACCAAGACGCCCAAGUCGACUUUCACGUUCGAUCGAGUGAUCUCGCCCGAAGAAGGCCAAUCUGAAGUUUUCGCUUGUGCCGAGCCGCUCGUCGAAUCCUUCCUGACGGGGCUCAACGCCACAAUUCUGGCCUACGGUCAAACCUCAAGCGGAAAAAGCUAUACUAUGGGAACUACAGCGGCCCCAACCUCCGAUGUAGAGAGCGAAGACCGCCUCGGCAUCACGCCUCGCGCUGUCGCCCUCAUCUUUGACCGAAUGCGGGAGAUCACGAACGCCUCGAAAGGGGCCACGACCUUUGACGCCAAACUGUCAUACGUCGAAAUCUACAACGAAGACCUCAUCGAUUUGCUUGCAGGCAACGCAGACGUGCGGCCCACUGUUCAAAUACGUGAGGAUAAGCAGGGCAACAUCUUUUGGUCCGGCCUGCGUGAAGUCAAAGUGACCAGCGCGCUGGAAGUGAUGACGUACGUUUCCCGCAAUGAGAGUGUCGAGUCCCGUGACGCCGCUGUAUUGACCCGCCUAUGACUGUGGAUCAUUGUGAAUCAUAGUCACUUGACCGAGGGGUCGGCGCUGCGACAGACGGGGGCUACGGACAUGAACGCACAGGUUAGUCGUGGUCACGCAGCCGAGUGACUUUCCUUGGCCUCAGAGGCUGAAUCCUGGCGAAAAACACGUGUUCCCGCGUGCCUUCUUUCCCCUCCCUCUUUCUUCUUUCGUACAGUCGUCCCGAUCGCACGCCAUAUUCUCCUUGACUCUGACGCAGCAGAAAUCGACCGAUGGCGGUCCUGUCGACGGCCCAAGUUCCUCUGUUUCACGCGCAUCAGCACGCGCAAGCUACUCUCCAAGAGUGUCGAGCCCGGGUCCAGGUGCCACUUCUCGCUCCGCAACACCCAGUCAUGACCGACCUGGGAGUCGAUUCGGUCUACGCCCGCCCAGUUUUAUCGGACCGGUCCGAGCCGCAGGAGACCCGCUCUCGGAUUCUUCCCCGGGCCUUUCCACAUCUACCAUUUCGCAGUGCACCACCAUCACGUCGAAGUUCCACUUUGUCGACUUGGCCGGGAGCGAACGUCUUAAGCGUACUGCUGCAGCGGGGGGUAGAGUCAAGGAAGGGAUUUCGAUCAAUGCUGGAUUGCUAGCGCUCGGAAACGUUAUCUCGGCGCUCGGAGAUCCUUCCAAGAAGUCGACACACGUCCCGUAUCGGGACUCCAAACUCACGAGGCUGCUGCAAGACUCGUUAGGUGGUAACGCACAUACGAUGAUGAUUGCUUGCGUUUCCCCGACCGAACUGAACCUCAACGAAUCGCUGUCCACGGUCAAGUAUGCCAAUCGGGCUCGCAACAUCAAGAAUCGCGCAGAGGUCCACGAAAUCGAGGCUGGAUGGGAGGAUAUUGAGUAUCUCCAACGCACCUUGAUUAAAUUGCGCGCAGAGCUCGCCCUGCUCAAGUCUGGAACUCUGCCUUCAAUCGUGGAUGCAGACGGCCGAACCCCGCCGAUCAGCGACGGUCGAACUUCGCCAGCUAGUCCGUCCCCCGAUGUUCAGGAGCUCCACAACAAGUUCACGGAUCUUUCGCACCGGUACGCGCAAUUGCUGUCGGAGCAAGUGCAGUUUCCGAGGGUGAGCAGUGAGAACGGCGUGCCUCCGCAAUCUAUGCAAGACGAAUUCUGUCGGGUCGUCGAUCCGAUUAUUGAGGAGUACGAGCGCUCAAUUUCCGCCAUCGAAAGUCAGCUCGCGUUGACCCGGGCUGCGCUGAGCCAUUCCGAAGACGAGCUGCGCGAAUUAGAGAUCCGAGUGGAAGCCGAAGUCGCCACGAAUCAGUCGAACGCAAAGAAUAUGGAGGAACUCAAGGCAAGAAUCGCCAGGUUCUGCGAGCGGGAGGCUACGACCGAGGCCUAUGUUCGCGAUCUGGAGUCGAAGCUGAAGGACUUUGGCGAUCAGGACGCUUCUCGGGGAUCGGCUGUUACGGAUUUGCGCAAGGAGAUUACCCGGCAUCGAGAGCACGGCGUAACCCAAGAAUUGUACAUCAAGGACCUCGAGGUUCGUCUUGCCAAGGCCGAAGAAACGGGAGCGCUUAUGAGGAACCGGAUAGACGUUCUUGAGCGUGACAUCGGGCGGCAUGAGGAAGCUUAUCGAGAGCUCGAAACUCGCCUGAGCCUGCUCAACACUGCGGAUGACCAGAAAAUACUGCUCGCCGAGUUGGACACCAAAAACCUGCGCUUGAUUGAGCUUGAACGCUCUGUCGACGACCUGAAGCGUCAAAACUCGGCGGCGGAGACGGAGGUGGAGCGUCUGGUCAGACUCGCCGCCACCGAGACAGAGUCGCGCGCUGAGCUUCAGAGUCGAGUACGAAGCCUCGAGAGAGCCGCCACGUUAUCGACUACUGCUCGGGACUCCGUAGUCCGCGAUUCGCUUCCCGAAGAGACCGGUUUGGAUUCAAUUUACGGAAGCGCACUGGUCAACCGUGGGUCCGCCGUAAAUGGGUCGGCCGACUCGACGCGGGGUGUACUAGUCCCACUCUCCCAAAAUGGCGACGAGCUGGUGUCCCGUGGAACCGGUUCCGGGGUGUUGGGCGAUGGCUGCGAAGAGACACCCCUGUCUCCGACAUCCCCAUCGCGGUCAGCUUCGAGUUCGCCGAAUAAAAACCGCGGACCUCGGGCUCGUCGAAGCAUGCCCCUCUCCCCCCAACACCGGCUGAGUUUUCUGGGACGAGGACAAGGACCCCAUCUGCCUAUAGCAACGCAUUCGCGUUCGGCGUCGUUUUCUUGUCCGGAGCAGUCCUCGCCCAUACCAUCACAAGCCUCCUUACCCCCGAAAGCCCGCUCGCCCUCACCGUCCGAUGGGCGCUCUCCCUCUGCCGCUUCGCGCGAUAAUCCCUUUGGCGUUCCUUUCAGUCCAACCCAUGGAACUCAAUCGGCUUUCACGAACGAGCGCACCUAUGAGCAAAUGGAGACGGAGAUCAGGAGGCUACAGCAAGCCUUGACCGAGCGCGAACGGGAGACGAUUGCACAAGAAGUCCCCUUGCUGCGUUCGCGUGGCGAUUGUUCCGAGAGCUCGAACUCCGACGAUACCCCCAGAUUUGGGGUUGUUGUGUCGAACUCCAGGCACAGCGUCACAGGGUGCUCAACUUCGCCCAGUGAAGAGCCGCCAGCCAGUGACAACAAACUCGUCGGCGAUGCCGACACGGCGGCCGAGCGACUGGACCAUUUGAUGCGGUCCAUGGCCCAGAAAGAAUCCCUUCAUCGAGCCGUAGUCGAUCAACUGCAGGAUAGCCUCACAAGUCUGCAGCGCCGAUUUGACGAGUUGAGUGUGCUUUCGCGCGAUCAAGUCACCAACAUGUCUCGGGAGAUCGGUCGAUUACGCGCACAAAUCGUUGGGUCCAAUGCCACUUUUGCGUCCGAAUCGCUCGACCGGUCGGAUCAAGGCGGGUUGACCGAUGACCCUAUCGAGGGGCGAGGAAUCUGCGACGAUCAUGUGUUCUCAGGUGAGACCUGCAAGGACAAAGUUUUUUUCUGGUAUUGUGUUGACAUUUUAAUCUCCUCCAAAUGCACAUAGGUACGCGGCAUGUUUCGGACCAGUCGGAGUCGAUCGAGGUUGGACCAUCGCGAGAUCUCGACGAUUUCGGAGAGGCGCACAAUUUCCGCGAUGAAGAGGACGACGAAACGGAUCAUGUUGAGGCCGACUGCGCCUCGUCGGAGAAUACACUAGCUUUCGAGCUCGCCGAAGCAACAAAUCGCGAACUCUCAACACUCGCCGAGGCAGGCCAGACUCGGAUUUUGAGCACAAUGCACCCACACACAGUGCUCGACCAAUACCCCAGCGCUCCUCCACAGAGUGAGCACCUAGUCCAGAGUGCGACCACUUCGACUGAGCCCGAAACAACAGCGUCGCAAGACGACCUUGAGGCCCUGCACGCGCUCGAGCUGAAGCAACGCGAAGCAGCGCAUUCGGACGAGUUAGCACGGCUCGAAGCAACCCAUCAAAGUGCGCUGGACGAAAGGGAUAGGGCUCAUGCCGACGUUGUCGCAAAAUUGGAACUUCAGCGAGCACAAGACCUUGAAAUGGCGGCGACGCUGCACUCGUCCGCUACGAGUGUCCUCGAGAAGGUGAACGAGGCACAAAGUUCACGAACGGAAGAAUCGCAUGCUGCAGCUGUGCGAGCUCUUGCGGAAUCCCAAGAGGCAGUGCUCGACGCGUCGCGAGAGGCGGCUUCAGUACGUCUCACUCAGCUUUCUGCCCAGCACGAGGCUGCGCUAUUGUCGAAGCAUAACGCCCAUCAUGCGGCGAUCAGGAUGGCGGAGGCGGAGCAGACGAGGCUGAUCAAUGACCUCAACAAAGUGAGUGCCAGAACCGAGGUCACCUCUAAGAAACGCCAAGGCCGUUGACUUACGAUCUGUUUCCGAAAUCAACAGUCGCACAUUCAAGAACUCCACGCACUCAGCGACACCCUGCUGAGCUCACACCAGGAAGAGUUACGCAGGAUAGAUGCCGCGCAUCUAGAGUCCGUUGCCUUGUUGGAGAAGCAGCAUCGGGACAACACCACUGCGCUGCAAACGACGCAUGAGCAGGCUGUCUACUCGAUGCGGAUAGAGCACGAACAAGCUCUCGAUCUUCUACGCACCGAGUCGGAGAAGGAGAUUGCCUCUCUACGAGCUGCACACGAAAACGAGUCCGCCAGCAUGCGGGACACUUUCGAGGACGAGCUGGCUUCACUACGCUCGGUCCACGAAGUGGCCGUCUCAUCGAUACGCGCCGACCACGCCAAACACACCGCAGUACUGCAGGCAGCCCACGAUCGGGAGAUGGCGUUGUCGAGGGCGAUGCACGAGCAAGAGCUAGCGCAGAAAUCCUCGGAAGCUGCCGCGAUUUGCGAGAAGAUCCGGACCACCAGCCUUGCAAAGAUCGACUUGGCUACGAAAGAACGGGACGAAACGCAAUCCAAAUACGUCGAAUUGGACAAAUCAUACGCGCUGCUUGAGGGCAACCUCGCGGAUGCGCAGAAGUCGUUGACGAGGAUGCAGACUGACCACAGUUGCUCGACAUCCGCACUCAAUCAAGAACUGGUGGAUGCCCGACUGCUCGCCGAUCGGCUUGCGGCAGAGGCAGACGCCCUUCGUCAAGAGCGGGUCCUGGAGCAUUCCCAAAGUAAAGGACCGGCCACUUCCUCGGUCGACGCCCAGGGUGCUGCCGACCAGGGCAAUUCGACAGGUCUGACUCAAGAUCUCACCAUGCCGCCCCGGUCUUUGCCGACAAGUUCACAAGCGCCUAAUCGUUCGGGGAGCAUUUCCAGUGCGAGCCAUUCGGCGAUCAGUCCUCGUGAAUCGGUGGCGAGCGGGACGGCUAGCCCUCCACCGACAAAGACGAUCGACUCGAGCCUCGUAGUGCAAAGAGUGGACGAGCUUGAGGCUCAGGUUUCCAAGCUUGUGAAGCAGCUCACGCACUGCGAGGGGGACCUGCAAGCCAACAUCGACCUCGUGAAUACACUCGAGUCGGCCCUGAGCGACAGCGAACGGAAUCUCCGCAAAGCUCGCGUGCAGAUGAACGACUUGGCCAAGGAGCGCGACAACUACCUAAGCCAGAACGAGGCUAUCCGUCGAGAACUACAAGAUUCGCAUAACGAGACGGAGAACGUCCGAAAUUCCAUGUAAGUGGUCGUGCCAGUUGAAGUUGUCAACAGAGGCCGAGCUGGUCGAUUGGAGGGCUGACGGGCAAUUAGACUUUGGGUUUAAUUUACCGCAGUAUGGAGGUCGAAUCCCAGCUCCAAGCUGAGCGGUACAAUCGGGAGCGGGCAAAACAAGAAUUGGAACGCCGCCUGGAAGACGUCAACCGCAAAGGCAAGAACAAGUUCGCUUGUUUCUAG